CUCCCUCUUUCUCUUGUCACUGGGUUUUUUUCGGGAGGAGAGGAGAGGUAGUGGGGGGAACCAGUUUUUUUCUUUCCCCCGUCUUUUCCUGAAAACAAAUGCUAUGUUUCAAACACGCAGCGGCCAAAUCUUCGUGUUAUGCUGCCGCCUCUCCGACGACGACGCUUCAUUCACCGAGACAUCUCUCUCAACCAAGCCGAAUGAGAGGAGCUAAAGGGCGGACUGGACUCAGAGGAAGAACCGGGGGGAGGCUGUAACGUUAACGCAACAUCCGCCGCUUUCUUUUAUUACAACAACCGCAGUUUCUCAUUGAUUUUUAUAUACAGCAUUUCAUCUGUGUGUUUGAAAUGUUGCCUCAGACGGUUUCUGGAUGUGUUUCCGUUGCAGUUUCUCCACCUUUUUGACGUUUUUUCACCCAGAAAAGAAAAGAAAAAAUCAUAUUAGCUAGCUCCCCCCUUUUUUUCACUCUGCUCAACCCCCCUAUCAGUUACCUCAAUGGUCGCAUUGGUUUUCCUUUCGUCGCAGCUCAAAGUCAGACGGUGACCACCAGGAUUUUGUUAACGUGUCCUCCGAAAUGGUACGAUAGUGUCUGGAAAGUGAAAAGCCAAGUGGAGGAGGGAGGUUCAGUCAGUCAAUCUGGGUUAUUUUUGUUUGUUUUGUCUUCCCCCCCAGAUGAGGCUGGGCUUUGUAAUAACAGCAGAAAAAAAGAAAAACAUGAGGUGGAUGUAAGCUUGGAACAGUUUUUACGCAUCAUUUCUUUUUUUCUUUCUUUUUUUUUUAAAGCUGGAUCUUUGGUGAUCUGUGCUGCCUUCACGGACUGUGACAAUGAAGAUUGUAUGAGAAGAGAGGCUGUUUUUUCCCCUCCCUGAUACACAGAGCCUGGUGUGACUGACUUACCAGAAGAGGGGGGUUUAACCCAAGUGUAUUCACUAAAAACCUACACCCCCUUGCUUAUUGUUUUUUUCCUCCUGGACAGCGAAGCGCACUCAGGGACAAACAUGUCUUUACGCACGGCACUGCCUGGAAACGAGCGGAACCCGGACCAUCAUACCUCCCUGUCAGCCAGCCGCUCAGAUAAGGGUACCGGCUGGUCAAGCCGCUCGCUCGGCGCUCGAUGUCGAAACUCCAUCGCCUUGUGUUCAGACGAGCAUCCGCACAUCGGAAACUACCGACUGCUCAAAACCAUUGGCAAGGGCAACUUCGCCAAGGUCAAGCUGGCGCGACACAUAUUGACCGGCAGAGAGGUUGCAAUAAAGAUCAUCGAUAAAACACAACUCAACCCAACCAGCCUACAGAAGCUGUUUCGAGAGGUACGCAUCAUGAAAACUCUCAACCAUCCGAAUAUAGUGCAGUUGUUUGAGGUCAUUGAGACGGAGAAGACCCUUUACCUGAUUAUGGAGUACGCCAGCGGAGGCGAAGUGUUUGACUACCUCGUGGCUCACGGCAGAAUGAAGGAGAAAGAAGCCAGAGUCAAGUUCAGACAGAUUGUCUCAGCGGUGCACUACUGUCAUCAGAAGAACAUUGUUCACAGAGACUUGAAGGCGGAGAACUUGCUACUAGACGCCAACUCCAACAUCAAAAUAGCUGACUUUGGCUUCAGUAAUGAGUUCACCGCUGGCAGCAAACUAGACACGUUCUGCGGCUCCCCGCCCUACGCUGCCCCGGAGCUCUUCCAAGGAAAGAAGUACGACGGUCCAGAGGUGGACAUCUGGAGCCUGGGGGUCAUCCUGUACACGCUCGUCAGUGGGUCCCUGCCAUUUGACGGACAGAACCUAAAGGAGCUGCGGGAGCGUGUCCUGAGAGGGAAAUAUCGUGUACCCUUCUACAUGUCUACAGACUGUGAGGGAAUCCUGCGCCGCUUCCUGGUCCUAAACCCAGCCAAGCGCUGCUCGCUGGAGCAAAUAAUGAAAGAUAAGUGGUUGAAUGUCAGCUACGAGGGGGAGGAACUGAAGCCUCACAUAGAACCUGUGGAGGAUUACAACGACACCAACCGCAUCGAUGUGAUGGUUGGGAUGGGUUUCGCCAGAGAGGAGAUCAGAGAUUCUCUGGUUAGUCAAAAGUACAACGAGGUCACCGCCACGUACCUACUGCUGGGACGCAAGAGUGAGACGGAGACCACUGAGUCCAGGUCAGGCAGCAGUCUGAGUCUAGCUCGAGUCCGGCCUGGCACCAUCACCAACGGUACCAGCAAACACUCCACUUCCUCUUCCUCCUCUGGUGGACCUUCCUCUUCUUCUUCUGGCCACAAGGCACAGCGCAGUGCCUCGACUUACCACCGCCAGAGACGACACUCUGAUUUCUAUGAGAAGUCCUCUGUUUCAGGUGGUCCGGCGGUUCCGGGGUCCACAAAUCCCAAACGCAGUCCCAGCACCGUGGGUGAAGCAGCGGGGCCUAAGGAGGAGCGACUGUCGAUCCGCAAGCCGAGCACCAACACCGUUGGCUCCCGCAGCAUCCCGGCUCCCUCCAGCCCCAUGGUCAGCUCCGCUCACAAUCCAAACAAGGCCGAGAUACCAGACCGGCGCAAGGAGGUUAACACAACCAUGAAUAACAUCCCUGCUAGUGCCAUGACUCGAAGAAAUACAUAUGUGUGUACCGACCGAUCCAACACCGACAGACACUCACUGCUGCAAAACGGCAAGGAAAACAGCACUGCAUCCCACCGCCUUCCCCCUGCCUCCCCCUCUACCCACAGCAUCGCUGGGGCAUCUGGUGUCUCCUCCUCGGCCUCUACGCCAUCCUCCCGUCUCUCAAGGGGGUCCACUGUGAGGAGCACAUUCCACGGAGGGCAGAUUAGAGACCGACGGCCUCCCUCACAUGCUCCCCCUGCUUCCCCGACGCCGUCCCACGAUGCCAGCCCACUGCCUCACGCCAGGACCCGGGCCACAACCAACCUGUUGAGCAAACUCACCUCCAAAUUGACCCGCAGGGUCACAGACGAACCUGAGAGAAUCAGCAGAUCUCCGGUCACAAGUCGCCAUAUAUCUGGGCAUCAGAAAGCGGCCGAGCCCCGGACCCCCCGAUGCGGCUGGGAUGUGAGGGUGCGGAGCCCUCGCGACCCGGCCGAGGUGGUGCUAGCACUGCGUGAAGCGGCACAGGGCUGCGGCUGCCAGGUCCACCUUGCCGGGCCUUUCCUCCUGUCCUGCACCCAUGGAGCAGCCGGCGCCCGCGUGGCCUUCGAGGCCGAGGUCUGCCAGCUGCCCAGCGGGCUGGGCCAAAGCAGCGGUGUGAGGUUCAAGCGCCUGUGGGGGGCACCGUUAGCCUUUAGAGACAUCGCCACCAAAGUGUCCAAGGAGCUAGAGCUCUGAGGGCGACAGGAGGCGGGGCAGACUGAGGCCGGACAGGCUGAUUAAAGAGGAGGGAUAAGGAGGAGAAACAGUGAGGCUGAGUCACCUCCUCCUCAUCCUCCCUCGGCUCCACCUAAGCUGAUGCGGCUAGCGAUGCCUCGCCUCCGCCAAAGACCCUCAUCUUCUGAUGCCACCAAUCACAGCCAAAAUGGAUGCACAGACACGGAUAGACCACCAUCUGCAGAUUUAUGAUGACCCUUGACCUUGCAACUGUCAGUGACCUACGAACUGCUUAACAACACGCCACCACCUCCAUAGUCAGCGAGCCCUUGGAGUCAAACUGUUCUCUCUCUCUUUUUUUUUUCCAUGAUGAUGAGGAUGGUGUUGUUGAGAAUGGUCGCGAUUGAGAAUUUGUUGUUGUUGUUGUCAUUGUUAUUCCUAUUGUAUCAUAUUUUGUCAUCAUUCCUUUUUAAAGAGCUGCUAUUUAAAGAAAUGUUUUAAAUUUUUUUGUGUAUUAAGUUUAUUUUCUUUCUUUAAUGCUUUUAAAAUGGGCAGAAGUUUGACACCUGUUGUCAUUUUCUGAAGUGGAACGUCGCAUAUUUUAAGAAACGAGGGGCGCAGUCUGACCUCCAGCCUCUAGAGGGAGACAUGCAGAAAUGCAGAGACCUGUAUCAGACUGAUUGAAGCAUCAUGGCCUUUCUGCCCAUUCAUGGACAAAGCCCAUUUUACCGCUCAACUGGGAUACUGAUGUGUGUUUGCAGCAUUUCUGGUAAAACGUUGUUAUCUGCUCUGACUUCUCCACAGUCGACUGAUAACUGGUUGCCGAGCCACUUUCAGACAAGCUGAUGUGAUCUGUUGUACUUGACAACUUCAUCAUUUUGAAUUAACCCUAAUUUCAAAUGCUCAACUUUCCCCUCACUACCUUUUUUAUUAACAUGCCAAAGUCCUUUUCAAAUUGAAGAUUUUAAUAGUUUACAGUACAAAGUGGGAUUUAUUCCUUCAACUGGAAUCAUGAUUUCUUUUUUAAUUUCACUCACUUAUUUCACUACAGGAUGUUAGUUAUAACAGCCAAUUCACAUUAUUUUACCUGAAAUGCUUCCACACAGCAGAUUUAUUUAAUUAAAAUUAGAAAGGCAGGUUAUGUCAGCCAAUCAGGAUCCAGUAUUGAUAUUGAUGCACCAUUUAACUGACUUUAAUUCAAGUGAAUAAAGUCAAGUUAACACUUAACUAAUAUUUUUUCCCUUAUAGUAGAUUUCAACACAAAAGAAAAGCUUCAAUUGAAUUUCUUUUGCAGCAUAUCUGUUUUCACUGAGUGCCCAGACAAAUUUUCUUUGUUUGAUAUGUGCCACAAAUGGUUAAAAAUGGCUGUUUUUAAUUGGUUCUGGUUGUAAUCAGAAAAACAGUAACGGCUUAAUAUGUGCUUUUUUAGACAAUACCCUUAAAGUUUUUUAAAUAUAAUUUGAUCUUUUUUUCAUCACCCCC